AUGCAUCACCACCAGCAUCAACAAACGAACGGGACCAAGAUCGGAAUCAAAUCCGAGGACGAUGUUAUCAUAUCCUGCGCUGUACGCACACCGAUCACCCGUGGGUUCAAAGGAGGAUUCAAAGACACGGUGCCUGAAGACCUUUUAGCACAAGUUCUGAUCGCCGUUAAGGAGCGCACAAAGAUCGACCCUGCUCUUGUUGAGGAUAUCUGUGUAGGAAACGUCCUCCAGCCCAGUGGAGGUGCCACUACCUCCAGAAUGGCAGCUCUCUAUGCCGGCUAUCCCAUCGGGACGACUGUUUACACCGUCAAUCGACAAUGUGCUUCGGGUCUUCAAGCUGUAAUCAAUAUCGUGGAUGCUAUUCAGACGGGUCGCAUCGAGAUCGGUAUCGGUGCAGGAGUCGAGUCCAUGACGAUGGGCUAUGGCUCUUCGGCCAUGGCGGCCAAGUCCUCGGAAAAGAUCCCAAAGGCAUCACAGGAGGCUGCUGAUUGUCAGCUCUCCAUGGGAAUCACGUCCGAGAAUGUGGCGCACGACUUUGGCAUCAGUCGUAAGGCACAGGACGAAUAUGCAGCGCUCUCAUUCCAACGUGCCUCGCUCGCCCAGAAGGAGGACCGGUUCAAGGACGAGAUCGUGCCCGUGCAAACCUUCAUCAAAGAAAACACGACCGCCACCACAUCCGGCACCGCCGGUAAAGACAACGCGGGCGAUAACGAUGGUCAGAUGAAGGCGGUCGUCAUCAGUCAAGACGACGGCAUCCGUGAGGGUGUCACAUUCGACUUGCUCAGCAAGAUUCGCCCCGCGUUUUCGCAGGAAGGGACCACGACUGCAGGUAAUGCCUCUCAGAUCUCCGAUGGCGCUGCAGCUGUGCUGCUGAUGAAACGAAAGACUGCCCAACGACUCGGCUUGCCCAUCCUCGGAAAAUUCAUCACCUCUGCGGUCAAGGGUGUGCCGCCUCGUAUCAUGGGAAUCGGUCCAGUCGCCGCGAUUCCGGCAGUCUGUCAGCACGCAGGUAUCUCGGUCCAGGAUGUCGAUGUGAUCGAGCUAAACGAGGCCUUUGCGAGCCAGACAUUGUAUACGAUUGAGAAGUGUGGGCUGGACGUUCACAGGGUCAACCCGAACGGUGGCGCCAUCGCGCUAGGACAUCCCCUUGGUUGCACAGGCGCACGCCAGAUUGCGACGUUGUUGAACGAACUCAAACGGCGCAAGGCACGACUGGGAAUGAUCACCAUGUGUAUGGCUACAGGUAUGGGAGCCGCCGCUCUCUUCGAGAACGAGUCCUAA